UAUUUUUUUCUGUUUGGAGGAGAAUCUCGAAAAAAAUUCUUAGUACUGAAAAAAGAAUCCUCCUUGGCUGCGUGGCGGGUCUACCACCACGUUUUUAUCAUCGUACUUCUUCCUUUGUCCGAGAGCAGAGAAAGAGAAGACAUGGCAACCAAAACUCCAAAGCUUGUGAAGCACACAUUAUUGGCUCGGUUCAACGAUGAGAUCACACGAGAACAGAUCGACAACUACAUUAAUGACUAUACCGAUCUGCUCGAUCUCGUUCCAACCAUGAAGAGUUUCAGCUGGGACACGGAUUUGGGCAAGGAGUCUGCGGAGCUAAACCGAGGAUAUACUCAUGUCUUUGAAGCUACAUUUGAGAUUAUAGCAGGUUUGCAAGAGUACAUCGUUUCUCCUGCUCACGUUGCAUUUGGAAAACGUUUUAUGCCUGCUUUGUCACAGAGUCUGGUGAUAGACCACUUUCUCCACUAAAUGUUCAGGAGUAAUGACUUCGGCCGGGUUAUUUCAUGGGAAUAAGUAAUGUAAUGUGCAAUAAAUGCUGGUUUUGAACCACUGAGUGUUCGUGUCUUGAUCUUGUUUGUGCUAUGUGAAGGGAGCGCUGCUAUUCCUUAAAAAUAAAGCCAUUGGGGUUAAGUUUCA